GGGCGGGUUGAGCGCGGGGCUCGAAGCCGCACCACCAUGGCGGAACAGCUGUAUCUAGAAAACAUAGACGAGUUCGUCACGGACCAGAACAAGAUCGUGAGGAGCUAGGACCACGGGGGUGGGGAAGGCGGGGCCGUGCGAGGCGGGUGUGCGGGGGACUGGGCCUGCCCGGUCGGCGAGGGGUCGCGACCCCCGGUGCCUGUGGCUUCUCGGGGACCGGCUGAGGUGGCCACUGGUCACCGCGAAACCCGCGUAGGGAGACACGCCCUGCGGGCAGAGCUUCUGGCGCGCGCCCAAGCCCCGGGGCCUUGGGCGGGAUUGUGAGGUCCGGGGGCGUGGAGCCUGGGAAGCCAGCGGGGUUCGUGAGGCUUCCUUUCCCUGCUCUGUCGGGUGGUGGCCCCUCAAGACAGUUGAGACUGGCCGACUUUCAUAGGCGACUGCCUGGUGCUUUACCCACCAGAGACAGUUUCCUCUUCCUGGAAAUUUAAAUAUUGAAAGCAGCUUGACCCACCUCCUCGGGCUAGCGUAAAAAUGAAGAGACUUGGGUGUGAUGGACCUUUGCUGCUGUGAGCCCAUGGACACAGUUUGGUACACCGACUCACACCUCCCGGGUCCUCCAGGCUUUUGUGUUAUCCCUAGAAGUGGGAUUUAGCCAAGGGUCAAAUGACGUGUAUAAACGCGUCAAGGGCCAUUAGGGCUGGAUAGAUAAAUUCUUGAAUCCCAGGUCUGUCUCUUUCCCCUCUGCCUCUGUCUGCCACUCUGCCUCUGACCAAUCUUUAUUAGUCCUCUUAUUGGGAGUGCAUCGUUUAGCUUUGGAAGAAACAACAGACAUACCGGGUCAGGGAAGGAUGGAGGCUCGAUGCCCCUAGUUCUUGAAAUUACCCCAUACUACAUUUAUCCAUUUUUCUCUCUCUCUUUUUUUUUUUUUUUGAUUCCCACACCACCUGUUCCUCUUAACAUUUGAAUAGUUGCAAAUUUACUGAGAAGUUCCUGGGUUAUGUGCUUUCAAGUAAUGCUAGGUUUUAGAUAAAUUUUAGGAUAGUUUUAGGUAGCUUCUUAAAGACAAGAGGGUCAGAGAGCUUUUAAGUAAGACAAGGAGUUUGAGCUAAAUAAUCUUUGGCUUGGCUUUGUAGACUCUUAAGACUUUUCUUAUUAUGUUUAGUGUCAUGCGCGUGCGCGCGCGCACACACACACACACACACAUAAUUGUGCUAUGUCACAAUUAUGGAUGUCAGAGGACCAGUUCUCUCAUUCCACCGUACGAAUCCAACAAAUCAAACCCAGGCUCUUUUUGUUUGUUUGUUUUUCGAGACAUGGUUUCUCUGUAUAACCUUGGCUGUCCUGGGAACUCACUCUGUAGACCAGGCUGGCCUUGAACUCAGAAAUCCUCCUGCCUCAGCCUCCUAAAUGCUGGGAUUAAAGGCGUGUGCCACCACCGCCCGGCCAAACCCAGGUUCUUAAGGGUGUGGUAGCAAGUGCCUUUCCCCACUGCCCAUCUCUCUGACCCACCUUUGUAGAUUCUUUUGCAUUGAUCAGUCUGUGAAGCAUCUUAGUGUUUGUAAGGUGACUUACAAGUGGCUAAGCUAUACACUAGGGGUUCAUGUUAACCAGGCCAAACAGAUGCUCUAUGAAUAUGUUGAAAGGAAACGGAAAGAAAAUUCGGGAGCUCAGCUGCAUGUUACCUACUUGGUGUCUGGCAGUCUUAUACAGAACGGACAUUCUUGCCACAAGGUUGCAGUAGUGAGAGAAGAUAAACUGGAAGCAGUGAAGUCCAAGUUAGCUGUGACUGCCAGCAUCCAUGUGUACAGCAUCCAGAAAGCUAUGCUAAAGGACAGUGGGCCUCUGUUCAAUACCGACUAUGACAUCCUUAAAAGCAAUUUGCAGAACUGCAGCAAGUUUAGUGCCAUACAGUGUGCAGCUGCAGUCCCCAGAGCUCCUGCAGAAUCCCCAUCUUCCAGAAAGUAUGAACAGUCAAAUCUUCAGGCAGCGAGUGAGGCACAAGCCAGUGAGCUGACUACCAAUGGCCAUGGUCCACCUGCCUCCAAACAGGCUUCCCAGCAGCCCAAAGGAAUUAUGGGAAUGUUAAUCUCUAAAGCUGCUACUAAAACCCAGGACACCAACAAGGAAACCAAACCAGAGGCCCGAGAAGUAACCAGUGCAUCUUCUGCUGGGGGCAAAGCACCAGGAAAAGGGAGUGUGAUGAGCAACUUUUUUGGAAAAGCUGCAAUGAAUAAACUUAAAGUCAAUUUGGAUUCAGAACAAGCAGUAAAGGAAGAAAAAACAGUGGAGCAACCUCCAGUGUCUGUCACUGAACCAAAGCUGGCAGCUCCCCCAGCUCAGAAGAAAUCCAGCAGAAAGUCCGAGCCUGGGAAGGUGCAGCAGAAGGAGAAAAGCAGGGGCAAGCGAGUAGACUUGUCGGAUGAGGAGGCAAAGGAAACCGAACACCUGAAGAAAAAGAGAAGAAGAAUCAAGCUUCCUCAGUCUGAUAGCAGUGAAGAUGAAGUCUUCGAAGACUCCCCUGAGAUGUAUGAAGCAGACUCACCAUCUCCACCUCCUGUAUCUCCACCUCCUGAUCCUAUGCCAAAAACUGAGCCCCCUCCUGUCAAGCGUUCAAGUGGAGAAACCAAAAGGAGACGAAAGCGUGUACUGAAAUCUAAAACCUUUGUGGAUGAAGAAGGCUGCAUAGUGACUGAGAAAGUCUAUGAGAGUGAGUCCUGCACAGACAGUGAGGAGGAGCUUAAGAUGAAGCCGGCCUCAGCACACAAACCCCCUGCUGCCGCUGUGAAAAGGGAGCCCAGAGAAGAACGGAAGGGCCCCAAGAAAGGGGCUGCUGCUCUGGGCAAAGCCAACAGACAAGUGUCCAUUACUGGCUUCUUCCAGAAAAAGUAAAUGCUACCUCUGAAAGGACUCGGGCUGGUCAAGGGAGAAGACCAAGAAGUAUAGACUGUCACUUACUGUGUAAGUUUGCCUCGCUCCUUGCCUCGCCUGGAUCAGAUGCUGCUCUGCCAUCACGGGACACGUGUACCACUUCUGUUUUCUUCACCCAAAAGGAAGUCACCUGGAAACGGGGCAAAAGAACAUUUUAAAAGCUGUUACAUUGUAAUAAGUUUAUAAAUAUAAAGCACAAUCUUUGCCCUGCCUAGGAGAAUUCAUUCAAGAAUGACCUGCUGGGCCACACUUGCCCUGCGCAUGUGCCUCUCCUGGUCUCUGUGUUCUGUGAGCGGGAGGCAGUGUUUUUAUUUGAUGAGUUCUACUGGAUGUGUUCACCGCGUCUCCACUUUCCUCUCCACACUACCAUACUUCUGUCCCCCGACCCCACAAUCUGUUUUCUGUAAAUCUUUUAAGUCUUAGUCAGAUGAGAAGCUAAAACUAAAAUCUUCUGUAAUUCCC